AUGACUUCCGAAAACAAACCGAAUUUGAAGCUAGGGAAGAAAAUCCUGGUUUGGGAGUCUAACCAUGGGCAGAGAAGUAUUCCCAGCGGGUGCUCCGCUCACAAAGCAUUGGCACCCAUAAUACUGUUCGGCCAGAUAUUCUCACUAAUGCCGGUCAGUGGAUAUUUUAGAAGUUCUCCUGACGAAAUAAAUUUCCAGUUUAAAAGCUUGCGCUUUGCUUUAGCAUGUGUGAUGGUGACGACGAUGAUAUCGAUCUGUUGUCUGUUUGUUAUUCAUCUUUUCCAACGCGGAAUCAUCGGACUUGGAAGCGCUGCCGGCGCCAUUUAUUAUCUCGUCAUCAUCUUCGCUAUGAUCGAGUUCAUGAUAUUGGCUUCCAACUGGCGCUCGAUCAUGUUACGAUGGGCGGAAGAAGAAAAACCUUUUUUGUACUACCCGUAUGAAACAGGACAAGGACUUCCGCUGGCCUCACUCACCGUACGAAUCGCCUUUGUUAUCAUAUUCAUGGCUUCCCUCGAAGACAUCCUAAACUUUGUGUCGGCAUACAAACUAAACGAACUGCACAUGCAGAUCUGUCCGCACGCGAACGACUUUUGGCGUAAUUUCUUCCACCGUGAACAUCCACAUAUCGUGCAACUGAUACCAUAUCAUCCAGCACUGGGUGUAGCCAUUGAGCUGGCAAUGAGGGUGGCAAAGAUAACCUGGAAUUACAGCGACGUGUUUAUCAUUUGCGUGUGUCUAGUGGUGCAGCGACGCAUUCACCAGUUCAAUGGUCGAGUACAACGGCUUAUCGGACGCGACCAGCUCCCACGGGAAGUGUGGAGGGAGCUUCGAAUGGAUUUUUUGAGUCUCAGUGACCUGGUAGGCUUUCUUGAUGCGAAGCUUUCGAGGAUUAUCCUAAUGUCGUGUGCGAAUGACAUGUUGUUCAUCUCCGUGCAACUGUACAACAUUUUCGAGCCGCAACCUACCCUCUUCACAACCAUCUACUUAUGGUACUCCCUGCUGUUCCUAAUGAGUCGCUGUUUCGCCAUGCUCUACAUAACUUCGGCCCUGUAUGAAGCCUCACUACAACCGCUGGAUAUGUUUCGCAAUAUAUCCACAUCACACUGGAAUCUUGAUCUGGAGCGCUUACUGGAUCACGUGUCUCUCAGGUGCAUCGCAUUCUCGGGCAAACAAUUUUUUCGCAUAACCCGGCCACUCAUUCUUGCGAUGGCAGGGACAAUUAUGACUUACGAGUUGGUUCUCUUAGAUCAGGUCGCAAAGAAUUACAACACUACGGCGGAUUGUACUUUUUGAAUGAAGGUUUAUUCAAAAUAACAAAAUCUUCGUUACAG